CUUUUCUCUCGUAUUUUAAACGAUGCGGAAACUUUAUUUGCAUCGCGGUGAGCAUCGCGUGCGCCCCGACAAUCUUUGCAUAGCGCGUUCUCGUUUUGGCUCGUGCCGGCGUCAUGGCAACGGAGAAACCUCCACACGGCAGGACACCUGGAGAAGUCCGCCGUGUCCUCCCGUCUCCUCCUCGGUCUUCGCCUCUGUCUCCACGUCAGCCACAGCCGCUCCUGAAAACUGAAGCCAGUCUGAGUUAGCAGCCACCAUACUUUAAACAGCUCACAGGGUCUGUCGUAUUUCACCCUAAGCUCUGGUUAAUUGCGGCGUUUUUCUUUUUUUUUUUCCUACCGUUUCCACCGAAUUCCUCAAAACAAAACAGGAGUGCAUGGCCGAUAUGAAAGACUCUACAGGGAGCAGAGAGGGACUAUCUCAGCCAAGUGCGAGGACAAGGAGUGGAUGUGUAAGACCAUGGAAAAGGAAGGAGGCCUCAUCCUCUGCAGCUGAACAGGCCCCAAAAGAAAACUGCCUCCCUCACACCUCCCUGAGACAACUGCAGGCCGAAAUGGAGGCUGAAAAACAGCAAGUAAAAGAAAUAAUCCAGCCUUUUCUGAACACAGAAAAUGGUUUUAUGAAGGAGUUGGAGUGUUUCUUUAACCAGCGAGAGGUAACAGAGCUGAGGAGGAAGGAGCUGCUCCACAAGCGCUGGACCGAGCAUGUGUGGUUUCCCCUCCAGUACAGAGUGGAGGAACGUGUCUCCAGAUGUAGCCCAUCGGAGGCCAAGAGGCGCCAGAGCUUAUACAGCCACUACCUACAGCACUGCAACACCAAGGGUUGUGUGUUUCUGGACACCUAUGAUUUAAGGGAGUACAAUCCUUUUCUUCUGAACAUCAAAAAGACACACAACUCCAAGCACAAAACACCUGACUCUAAGGACCAGUUUCAUUUAGAGGAAACACUAAAGGAAAAGAAAACACCUUGGUCCACUGAAGCAGGUAAAUGUUCGCAGAGAAAAGUAGAGAAAGUACCUCGGAGCAGCCGUCCUCUAAGUGAGUCUGUGACGUCUCAGGUCAUCAAACUCCUACAGGCCUCAUCUAAUCGCCCGGUCUCAGCAUCCAUAAAAAUUCCACUGAAGGAUGAGAGUGAGCUUACGAUGUCUAGCAGGCUAAACACUGUAAAACACCACAUCAGUGUAUCUGCCACAACAGAUGGAAGGUGCCAUCAGUCCAGCUGCUGGUUCUCCAGAUGUGGAUGUCGCCAACAAGCAGCAAGUUUACAGCAACUUUCAUUGCCCACAUCCAAAUAAAAUCCACAU